AUGUCUAAAAAUGCCGAAAAUUUCAAUCAGUCCUUGAUAACAAACAAAGAUGAAAUCAUGAAUUCUGUCACUGGAAUUAAUAAUUCAACUAAAAUUAUUGAAGAAAGAUUGUAUGGUCCCGUUUAUUUUUCCUUCGGAGAUGAUAUUUUUUCUAUCAAUGAGAUCUUUUUAGUAAGGAAGCCUGAUACUUUCAUGUCAAUAUUUUAUAAAAAUUCUGAUGAAUUUGGAUCAAUUGAUCAGGGUAUGAAAGUUCGAGUUCUUAAGAUGCCUGAGAUUAGUCCUUUGAUGAUUCCGAUCGUGAAGGAUUAUUAUGAGAACGAUAUUAUUCCAAUUUAUGACAUCAAGUAUAAUGGGAUUGAAUGGAAAAAGUUUGAGAAGGACUUGGAUUGUUUGUUAAUUAAACCUAAGGAAACUUUUGUGGAAGAAUUGCAUCGUUAUGAUUCAAAUAUUCUGUGUGAUUUUGUUCAAGAAAUAGCUAAUUUUGUGCUUACUAAACAUUUUCCUUCUAAGGUUCUUGAGAUAUGUUUUCAUUUUAAUAAUAAUGGGCAAUUUGUUAAUUAUAGAAGAGAGUGGCGUAUUUUUGUUGAAAAAGGAUAUGGGUUUUAUUGUGUUUCUGAAUAUUUUGAAUUUAUAAAGAAAGGACUUUUGGAAUAUUUUCCGAGUUUUAAGAUUAGUAAAAAGGCUGGUUCGUCUGGUGAAAAUUCGAUUGUGAUUGAGAAGGUGCUCGACAGAAAGAGAGUAAUCGAAAUGGCCGAAAAUACAUUAAAAAAACGUAUGAUGCUGAAAGAGGUUGACGAUCAUGAUGAUUAA